UUACUAAUAAGAAUCACUUGGUGGUGGGGUUUUAAUUGUGUUGAACCAGUAUCAUUGGUAAUUCGUUGUGUUUAGUCAGAGUGGUGUUCAAUAGUGUUGAGUUGAAUCAAUCACACUAAUUUAGCGUUGCGUUAUACACAGAAAGAACUAUUGCGAAGAUAACCUACAGGUUAGUCUUAUAUAUAUAUUCCUAUUUAACAAAUGGUAGCAGAGGAAUAAAAGUGAAAUGUCAAAAAGUUGGGUCCCCCCACCAUCAUUAGACAAAGAGACGAGUUACAAAGAUUGGAAAAAAGAAGUGCAAAUAUGGCAAGCACUGACAGAAUUAAAGGCAGAAAAACAAGGGCCAGCUAUAUUCAUGGGCUUAAGAGGGAAAGCUAAAGAAUCAGUUCUAGAAUUAGACAUUGAACAGAUAAGUGCAGCAACUGGAGUAAAAGCCAUUACUAACAGAUUGGACAAAAUAUAUUUAAAAGAUGAGAAUCAAACUGCUUACCUAGCUUAUGAAACCUUUGAAAAAUUUAAGCGACCGCCUGAGAUGAGUAUGAAUGACUAUCUUAUAGAGUUUGAACGGUUAUACCAUAAGAUCCAAGGACAUAAUAUGGUACUUCCUGAUGGAGUGUUGGCAUAUAGAGUUCUACAAAGUGCCAACCUUACACCAGAGCAGCAACAGUUAGCAAGAGCAACUUUAAAUGAACUACGGUAUGAUGCAAUGAUACGGCAGUUAAAGAAAAUUUUUGGGGAUACGGUGGCCUCAUUAGGAACAAAUACUGAAGUAAAGAUAGAACCAGUUCUUCAGGCAAGUGCAGAUACAAUUGAGCAAAAUUACUUCACUCAAAGAGGGGGAUAUCAACGCUCAAGGUUUAGAAGAGGAAGACCUGCAACUGCUUCAAAUCAGAGAUAUGCAGGAAGAAAAACCAGACCCAACAAUAGAAGAAUGAAUCCAUCCGAUCAAUUUGGAAGUCCAUCAAGAUGCAAUAUUUGCCAAUCUAUAUAUCACUGGGCUUUAAACUGUCCACACUCUUAUGAGAACCAGGAACCUGAGGAUGUUAGAAAAGAGGACAGUCAUUCUAAGGUUACGUUUUUUGCAAAAAUCAGAGAAGAUGAAAUGCAGUCUCUGGUCGGCGAAACUCUGUCAUGUGCAGUUUUAGACUGUGGUUGCACAAAGACCGUUUGUGGUAAUACUUGGUAUCAAUGUUUUAUUGAUAAUCUUGAAAAUGAUAGAUUGCCCGAAGAGCAUCCCAGCCAAAUAAGAUUUAAAUUUGGAGAUAGUGAAGCAGUUUGUUCUAUGAAAAGAGUGUUCUUACCUGUAAUUAUUGGCUCAAAAGAAGUUUAUCUGGAGACAGAAAUUGUCCCAAACGAAAUUCCUUUGUUACUGAGUCAAGCUUCCAUGAAAAAAGCAGAGGCAGUUUUAGAUUUUAUCAACGAUUCGGUUACAAUGUUUGGAGAACACCAUCAUCAAGGUUAGAACUACCAUCUUUAUUUACUAGCGUAUUUAUUUAUAUGUUUCUUUGCUUACUCAUUUCUUUGAUACAUCUCUUCACUAGACGUACAACACUUUGUGGGACAUUGGAUUACCUUCCACCAGAGAUGAUCGAAGGAAAGAUGCACGACGAAAAAGUGGACUUGUGGAGUAUCGGUGUGUUAUGUUACGAAUUUUUAGUUGGAAAGCCUCCAUUCGAGACUGAAAGUCAUGACGAAACUUAUAAGCUAAUUUCCCAGGUAUUUUACGAACUCGCAAUAUUAUAAGAUAUUCUCUUUCUAAUUUAGCGAUAAGACGUAUAAGGAAUAAGGAGGUUGAAUGAAUACUAGCUUUCAAGUGGAUGUUUUUUCGAAAUUAAAGACCAAGAAAGAAAUUAAGACGAUUUGUAAAUGUGUGCUAAACAAAUCUGUUAUUGCCGAAAACCGUAGCAAAGCUUCUUUUUUUUGGUCAUUUUUGUACGGUUUUAAUUUCACAAAGAUAUUGAUUAAUAAAAAUUUC